GGGAGCCUUGUGCUAUACAGAAUGUCUGCUAUGGCCCUGGCGAUCUUGCUCCUGCGCGCUGCUGCAGCAGUGCCCUGGGAAGACUUGGACCUCGGCCGCCCCGAGAAAAUGCACGGUGGGCCACACCUGCGCAAUGGAGGUGGAGCGGGGCUCGCGUCGUGUGAGGCGCCGGCAGAGCCUGAGACGGUGCUGCGGCACGCGUGGGCCAAAGUGGUAGAUGAGAUGCUCACCAGUGAGGAGGGCUCCGAUGAGAUUGCCAACACCGCGCGGCGGCAGUAUAAGAAGCUGAGGUGGAUGAGCGCGGGGCCGCAGGGCGUGGGGGUGUUUGACAGCGGCGUGGGCGGCCUCACGGUGUACCGGAAGCUGCGCGAGCGGUUUCCCUUGGUGGAUGUGACUUAUUUGGCAGACUCACAGCGAGCACCAUAUGGGCCUCAGCCGCCCAAGGAUGUUGCAGACUACUCGCGGGAGAUCAUCACGCUGCUCCAAAACAGGACCAGGCUCACAUUGAUUGCCUGCAACACCGCUUCAGUGGCGGCCAUCGCGUUCCAUGUCCCAGGGGAGGAGGCCUUCCACCAGCACCCGGUACUGCCCAUCGCGGCGCCCUACGGCAGCUUCUUCCGAGUGCUGGGCGGCUCCGGCUGCCGCCGGGUGGGGCUCUUCGCCACCGACGCCACCUGCAGAUCCGGGGCCUACCAGCGCCAGGUGUUGAGCGCGCCAGGGUUCCACCUCGUGGCCAACAGCAAGCCGAGUGACUUCCCGCUGCAAGCCAACACCACGGAUUGCAUCGGCUGCGCUGAAUGUGUGGCGGCUGUGCAAAGAGAAGGUCCCUUUAGUUUGCCGGACACCUGGGCAGCACAGACGGAAGCCAUGCUGCGCAAGAAGUUUGUCGAUUACUUGGAUCAGGACGGCAAGCCGAAGAUCGACUACUUGAUCUUUGGCUGCACACACUUCCCCACUUUGGAGCCUUUGAUCCGGAAGAUCUUUGGCCCCUCCGUCCUGCUGGUGGACCCAGCAGACUACCAGGUCGAGCUUGCGUCUCGCUUUCACCUGCACAACAGCAGCGGGUCCGCAGUCUUCACAGUGAGCGGAGUGGAGCUCAGUGAAAAGCUUUCCUCUUUUCGCCAAGCUGCGACCGUCAUUUUCCAGUCUUUCCUGCAAAUGGCGAAUGGCAUUUGGCAGGUCAUCAGCUUUGUUUGAGCGCCUCUGCCAAUCAAUUGGAUGACUAGCUCCUCGAUUUGCAGUUGUUUUAGAUCAGAGCUAUUGCUUUGACAGGCUUGAACACCCUCGCAUUCCUUUGUGUGAGGCAAAUUCGUGGCCGAAAGGGGCCUCCUCUUGCCUGCCAGCUCACGGCAGCCUUGCAGAUUUCCUUCUUGCAACAGCCACGAAGGGGUAUGGUGCUGUGACAGACACUUCGCCUUCUGUCCACUCCGCCAGAUGAACGGAGUG